GCUUGUGUCCGAAUUCGCUCGGUUUUCGCUUCUCCAUCGCUUCUCGUCACUUGCUAGCAGUGGAAAUUAAAGAUCAGUUUCAGCAACAACUAUCUUCCGCAUCGAAAGCAAAACAUGCAAUCAGCGCAAUGACGACCGAUGUAGUGAAAAUAGAACGGACAAACCUGCCGCCCAUGGCGGUGGACGAGACGACGAACGAUGCGAGCAUGGCUAGCUGCAACAGCGUCGUCAGCGGAGGACAGCCUGCCGGUGCUGGUGGCGGGGCCGCCGCCGGAAACACUGCCGGAACGCCGAAAGAAUCGGCCAAAUCGCAAAACCUACGGCGGUCUGUUGCAAAGCCAACGUUCGAGAAGGAUAAGUACAGCUUUCUGAACGAUCUGCAGAUGUUCCAUGGGAAGCACGGCACACCGUAUCUGAAGCUGCCCAAGAUCAGUGGAAAGGAAGUCGAUUUGCACAAGCUCUACUCGAUCGUUAUUGGUAGAGGCGGUUGGAUGAAGGUAAAUGCCCGUGAGGAUUGGUGCGAGGUAAUAGAAGAGCUGGACCUACCGACCCGUUGCGUAAACAGUGAAAUCGCUCUCAAGCAAAUCUACAUCCGCUACUUGGAUCGAUACGAACGGGUCAACUUCCACGGCGAGGAUAAAGAUCCGGUCGAGGACGAUGAUGACGAGAAGCGACUGCACCGACGGUGGUCCGUCCGCAUGCUGCACUCCACACCGUCCGUGUACAACCAUCACCAGCACAAUGUGCCGGAGGGCAUGCGCUCGUCGCUGAAACUUUCGGACGAUCUGUACCGUGCGUCCGAGUACGAUAAGCUGAUCCUGUCGCUACUGUCCCCUUUACCGAACGAGCAGGAUUUCGCCAUUAAUGUGUGCACGCUUAUGUCGAACGAAAACAAGCACACGCUGAAGGUGGACAAGUGUCCGCGGCUGGUGUACGCGCUGCUGGCCCAUGCCGGAGUUUUCAACCACUUUUCGCUGCGGGACACAUUCGACGAGUACUAUUCCAACAUUCGGAAGAACUCGCUGCAACGCUUCUGGAAGGAGUGUCUGUUCGAAAAGCCGCAAGUGUUGGAACUGUCGCUGGAAGAUUGCUUCGCCAAGAUGGGCACCGAUCCCAGCGCACUGAUCGCAUCCAUCUAUCAGGAGGAGCCGGAAGAGAUGGACACUAAAUCGGGCAAUGAAAAUGAAGACGAAAAGGAGAGUGAUUUCGAGAUCAUGAGCGGACGGUUGAAUACGGCAUCGCUUCGCACGUUUCUCAGCCUUGGGACGGGGCUCGGUACGAACGAUUACAUUGGACAGCGCGUGUUGCAGAUCGCUUCCAUCUUUCGCAAUCUAAGCUUCAACGAGGAAAAUCUACAGCUACUGGGCCGCAACCGUACCUUCAUUCGCUUUCUCAUCAUGUGCGCAAAUGCGCGAUGGAACAACCUGCACCACCUUGGGCUGGACAUGCUCGGGAACAUCGCGAACGAAAUCGAUAUCAAUGAUCCGCAGUCGGACGAAGUGACGCGGUGCCUUGUGUCGACGCUGUCCGAAGGGCUGGAAGGUGCCGAUCGGGGUGUUAUCAUAAGCUGCCUGGAGGUGCUGAGUAAGAUCGCCCAGAAAGAGUCGAACGAAGAAAAUCUCAACCGGUGUCUCAACCAGCAGCUGUACGAUCAGAUCAGCUUGUUCCUGUGUUUGAACGAUAUCAUGCUGCUGCUGUACACGCUGGAAUGUAUCUACUCGCUCACCUCGAUGGGCGAGAAACCCUGCAAUGCCAUCAUGCACAUCCGGGGUGUGAUCGAUACGCUCGUUUCGUUGGUGACGGUGGAAGCACAGAGCUACGGUCCGGAUGCGUGCAUUCUGAUGCGUGUGGUUGAAACCAUCCCGGGAAACAUGGCCACACAUCAUGCGCAAGGCGCUUACUUUCAAAAUGGCCAGAUGGGCCAACCGAAUCCUCCGCCAACGAUGACGCAGCUGACCGUACACAAGGAUGCAGCUGGUGGGCAGAUAAAUGCCAAUCCGCACGCUGUAUAUCCCACUCCCGAGGUACCAAAGCUUCCUUCUUUGACCAUCACGAGCAAACCAGUGCCAUCCUCCCCGCCAGUCGUCCAGCCAGCUCAGCAACAGAUGGUUCAGCCGGCGGCUCCACAACCCGCAGUGCAGCAGAAUCAAACCGCCGUCGCUGCCAAUAAUCCCCAGAUCGUAAGCGUUACACGUCCCCCCGCUGCCGAUUCGCCACAGAUUCCCGUGAAUGUAAUUGCUCGUGCCGAUCCGUCAUUGACCGUAACGCACGGCACGGUUGCGAAUCAGCAGACAGCAGCGGCAACAAACACGCCCGCCCAACCGGGACACCCGGGUCACGCGCAACAAACCAUUACACCCGGCGGGGUUGUUAUUCAAAGUCCUGCCGCUGCACCGUCGUCGAUUGCGGCCAAACACAUCCAGCAGCAGCAAGCGCAGGAAAGUGAACAGUUUGCCUAUGCUUGGUUGCGGGCAUCGUUCGAAGCAGCACCGGCCGUUCGUAUCGAGCAGCAGGAGCUGUACAAGCUGUAUCUGGCGACGAACGGAAAGCUGGGCCGUAAAGUGAUUGUGCCGCUGUCACACUUUCCACGGUGUGUGCGCGCCGUGUUUGGUGGGACCGUCGGUCCGGUGCAGUUGAAGAUGGAGCAGAAUGGCGUUGAAACGAUCGGGUACUACUACGAGGGUUUAAGGAUGCGCCCCAAGCCAUUGCCGAUCGUGCACAAAGGGACAGUGGUGACACCGGCCGUAGACUGUACAUCGACCAGUCGACCAGGCACUAGUAGUAAUAGUAGUAACCCCGUUACGCCGGCAAAGCACGACGAGCCAAGCCAUAGUAAAAUAACCACCACCACCACCAGUUGUACUGCUGCGAGCACCACCCUUUCAACGCACAGCGCAACGUUCGUCGGUCGGGAGAUGAGCUCCACCAGCACAGCCAUCACAGCCAGCAAAGCAAACACAGUCGCAAGUAAUGUGGGAACUACCUCCGGACGAUGCACAGUUACGACGGCCCACGACGGCGGUCGCUUGCCGGACGUUACCCCGUUACCAUCACAGGGAACGCUUCGUUCGUCGUCGGUUAUAGCGAUGGCACCACCGAGCAGCAGCAGCUCUGCCAAUCCCAUUACAGCACCACACACGGCACAGUCCGUGCCCGUGCUGCACAAAACGAUACCGCUGCAGACGGUCAAAUGUUCACCGCAACCAGUACAACCGAAAGCAAUCUUGCACUUCUCCCAAGCUCAAUCGGCCCCAAGCGUGGGAAGCACGGCAACGUCGGCGGGAGUAUCUGCAACGAUCGGCAAACAGAUCAUUGUCACACAGAUGGGUGGCAAAAGUGUCGUUAUCAAUAAAGCUACGACCGGCCAACAGCACCAGUACAUACCGACCACACCGUCGUCUCCGCUGCUCCAGCAGGUGCUAAGCAGCGAUCAGAAGAACAACGUGAUUGUGGUAAAUCAGACGACCAUCUCGCCACAGCCGGCGGGCACGACGAUGCACAGCAGUCCGGGCCCGAGCGCCCAUCUGCACACCGGCACCGGCACGACCACGAUCAUGAACCAGUCCGGCACGAUCAGCUCGACGACGACGAACCCGUCCGCACUGAUCAAGAGCCUGCUGGCGAACAAGGUAACGACAGCGGUCACCGAUAGUACGCUCUCCGCUGCUACCGUUGGCUCGGCCGCUGCUGCCGCUGCUGUUGCUGCUGCUGCUGCUGCUGCUGCUGCUCCUUACUCCAGUAGUUUGUCCACUACUACCAUCACCAACUCUCCUACUACCAAUUGUUUGAUUGCACCGAAUGUUAACGUGCAUCAGGUGGCGCAAAGACAGCAGAUGCAAAAGCAGAAGCAAAUGAUCGAACAGAAGCUGCACCCGACCAGCUCCAUCAACCCGUCGGUGGUGGUAACGUCCAACAACCCGAACAAUCUGACCAACAUAAAGGUGGGAAAUUCGACCAUUUCCAUCAAGCCGGGCACGCUGCCCACCAACACGGUCAUCACGGCAACGAAUCCGCACGAAACGUCGUUCAAUGCGCCACCACCGUUAGCACCACUCAGCCAACCGGGCGUCCAGCAGGGCACGAUCAUCAAAACGAUCGCCGCCACGCACGAGCAGAUGCAGCACCAUGCGACCACCGCGGGCAAACUGUUGCCCAACAAGGUGCUUUCCGAGCUGCUCGAAAAGAAGCCGGGAGAAAUGAUCAUUGCCGGCGAGACGACGAUUAAGCGUAAGUUCGAUCUUACCGACACGUCGAUGGAACCGCCCGCCAAGCGGCUGGAAGGCGGUACAAAGACUGCCGAUCUGUACGCCGAGCUGGCCGGUUCGAUAACGGAAGGCGAGGAAAUGGACGAGGCGGCGGCGCAGGAGGCCGAACAGCAUGCUGCCAAGAUGAAGCUGCAACAAAUAACCCAUCACCAGCAGCAGCAGCAGCACCACCACCACCAGCACCAGCAACAGCAGCAGCAAAUGAUUUCAAUGCCCGUUUCGAUGCAGCGACAGAUAAUCGUCACACCCAACAGUGCCCAGCCAAUGAUCAUUUCCACGCCAACGGCAAAUGUCACCAGCAAUCCCGCCCAGCUACAGCAGCAGCAGCAAUUAACAUCGCAAACGACGGCCACAAUUAAAACGGAGAGUGGAUUCCAAACCGUACCGAUCAUACUGCAGCACAAUGCGGUCGGUGGCGGUGCAUUACAGUUGCAAAAGGCGACCGCCCCGGGUGGCGCGAUUAUGCAACCCUCCUCCGUACUGGCGGCACAACACCAGCAACCGACCCAGUACAUCCUAGCGACCAAUCCGCAAGGGCAAACGUACGUCGUGGCACAGCAGCCACAACCCCAGCCGCAACUCCAGCAAACGGUGCUGCUCGCCCAGGGCCAAGGCCAGCACGGAGGCAGUGGGCAGAAAACGAUCAUCAUCGUGCAGCAGCAGCAGCAGCAGCAGCAGCAGCAGCAGCAACCACCGUCCGGGUCGGGCAGCAUCGGGCAGCAAAUGACCGUGCAGGGAGCGAUGGCCCAGAGCCAGGGACAGACGCAAAAGAUUUUCCUUAACCAGCAGGGUCAGCAGAUCCUGAUGACGCAGCUACCUCGACAGAUGAUCGUCAGCCAUGCCGGACCGUCGGUAUCGGGUGGUACGACGAUCAUCACGUCCAGCGCACCUUCCAUGGUGGGUGGCACGACCGGGACCACCAUGAUCGCCGGCGGCAGUGGUGGGACAAUAAUCGAAAAGAAGCCAAUCUACAUCACCACGAGCGCGCAGGGCAAUACGAUCAGCUUCGAGGGACUGCCGCCGCAACAGUUGCACCAGGUGCAGGCCCUGCAACCGACCAGCUCGACCGGAAGCACGUUCCAGAUAAAGCCGUACGCGAAUGUCGGGCAUGUGCACGGCCAGCAGCAGCAGCACAUCAUCCAGCAGGCGAACCUAUCGACGGGCGGCCCGGUUGGUCAGCAGACGAUUCAGUUCAUUCAACAGCCGGGUGGAACGUUGGUGCAGGCCCAGGGACAACUGCCCUCGACAACGCAAAGUAUGCACGCGCCCACGCAGCAGAUCGUUUUCCACGGCGCACACGGCAGCGGUUCGGGCGGUCCGCAGAUCAUACAGCAGCAAAUCAUUCAACCGGCCACGGUGCAGCAUGCGGGCCAGCAUAUUGUGCAGAAGGUGCUGCACCAGCAACCGCAGCCGACGCAACAGCACCUGAUACACGCGACCAUGAAACAGAAUCCGGCGCAGAUAAUCACCGUUCAGCAGCAGCAAAAGCAACCGGCAUCGACAAUUACCACGCAACAGCAGCAGCUGCCACCGAGCCUAUCGAUCCAGCGACAAACGGGAGCCCUAUCCCAAUCGAUCGUACCCGCCAAGCCUGUCCCGGUGCCAAACGUAGGGCCGACGGUGGUCGCCUCCGUAUCGACACCUCCGCCACCGACCCCCGGACUGCCCGGUGGCAAGCAGCAAAUCAUUCAAGUCGUACAGCAAAAGAUAGCGCCAGCGAAUAAUCAUCAGCCAGGUGCCGUUGUUCGUCCGCCCGGAGCGGCCACUCAAGUCACGCAAACGAUCGUCACAAGUGCACCAUCAUCGAUCACAUCGUAUCCGACGCACCCAAGUGGAAGCGUCCCAACGGCAACGAUAACCAGCGCAACGCAGGCAGCUCCCGUAGCAUCGAUUGCCGGCCAGCCGACACCGGGCCCAUCCACACCGGCACCGGCACCGAUCGCGCCGCCGCCAGCUACAUCAUCGGCGCCCAUCACCAACACCAUCACCAUUCCGGUGUCGGUUGCGACGGGCGGUACGAGCAGCACCUCGAUCCAGAUGAUUCCCGCCAUGGAUCCGGCCAAGAUAGUGGAGGAGGACGUGGAGCCGAGCUGGCCGUGGGUGUGCGAUUGGCGCGGCUGUCCACGGAAAAAGUUCCAAUCGGCAACGGAAGUGUUUCGGCACGCCUGCACGGUGCAUUGCCCCGAUACGGUCGACGUGAGUGCGGACAUCUACUGCCAGUGGGGACCGGGACCGAAUCUGUGCGACAAUUUGCCGCGCAAGCGAUUCUCGCUCAUGACGCACAUCCUCGAUCGCCACUGUACGGUGGAUUCUUUCAAAGCGGCCGUUCAAAGGAGGCUUGCCGGUGGACCGCAGCAACCCGUUCAACCGUACCCGGUCACGCUGGUGCGCCAAUCGGGCUCGGGCGGCGGUGGUAAUGCGGCGGGUGCGAACGGUUCUGCAGCUGCCGGGGGUGGCUCGGGCGAACGAGGAUCACCGGCACCGGCCACCUGCACGAAGGUUGAAUCGGGCAGUGCGGCCGAGAGUGCCGGAAGCGCGACCACCAACGGACCGGGGCAACUGUCCGCGGCUGGGCCAGCAGCGAUGCAUGCGAUCAAGCGCUAUUCUAUGGAUUACAUCAACUCAAAGGAGUUCCAGGAUGAAAUGGAAGGUCCCGUAACGAAAAGCAUUCGCCUCACAUCCGCCCUCAUCCUACGGAAUCUGGUUGUGUACACCAACUCAGCGAAAAGAAGUCUCCGCAUGUACGAAGCGCACCUGGCCGGUGUAGCGCUUAGCAAUGUCGAGUCGAGCCGUACCGUUGCGCAGCUUCUAUUCGAAAUGAAUGACACUGGGCCCAACUACUAACUGUGGGUGAUCGAUUCAGGUAUCGAUUCUACGAUGUACGAGUUGUUUUAGUAGUUAUAGUUGUAUGCAUUUUAUCUUAUUCUUAACCGUCUCCACCAGGGAGACAACAGAGAGAGAGAGAGAGAGAGAGAGAGAGAGAGAGAGAGAGAGAGAACGCCUUAUUAUAAACACACAGACGCUAACACACUUCUUUACAAGCUCUUUACCAGAGCAAGCAUUAUGGUUGCAUUUUUGUCUGGUGGGCAACGUGCCAGCCAGCACAUUGCAGGUAUCAAAGUCCGAACAUCAAAGCUAAUAAAGAGAAUGAGAUACAGUUGACAAAUGAUUGAAAGCUA